UGCCAAAGUUUUGCUCAAGCAUGGGUCUAAAGUGAGAUAACAUGUUGGGGUAUAUUAUUGCUGUCAAACUGUUUCUCACAAAGAAACAUAAACAGCAUUCUAAUUUCUUAUUUGAGUAGUUUCUUUAAUGCAGAGCAUCAUUUAAACAACCCCAGCAGAAAGACAGCCAAAGGAAGAAGGCAGUUGUGUUAUAAUCUCUGUUUCUUGGUGUCUCGUAAUCUCCGGCGCGAAUACUCCAGUUGUGGAGAAAUUGCACUUUAAGCAAUGGUCAUCUAUUACCUAUGACUUUUUCCUGUGGCGAUAAUAUCGAUAUCAUGGGUCAGUUGUAAAUAACCAAGGAAUACAUGGCGGAAAAGCUCAAAUGCUAGAAAUUGGCAGUGAUUGGAAGUCUUACAUAACCUAUAAUAUCCGUGCUGAUGCGGUCAGCUUGAUGAUGUCUAGCUCAUGGUUUGGCAAAGUUUUAGGACAGUUUGCUCAGAAACGUAUACCUAGUAUAAUUACAAAGUUUGAGUUUAAGUUACCCGAAAGAUACAAAGGCACUUUCAUUGAAAAAUGGGGAAACUACUGGAAAAAUUUGUGUAUAGAUUACAAGGAAGUAGCCAUUGAAACAGCUGAAAGUGCACGUCAGGAACCAGUAAAAGCUCUGUUUAUUUGUAGUGGGCUUGGCUUCAUGGCAUACUGUGCAUGUAACAAUCCGGAUGAACAAACUUUUCGUGACAAAUUCCUCUUUUACACAAAUGAGGUGGCACUGAUUGGAGAGUCAAUUCGUAACCCACUGGCUGUUAGUCACCUCAAGUUCCUUGAAACAUGUUAUAACACGGGUGUGAUACGAAAGCUGAGUCUUGGAAUCAUUAGUUUCAUCUGGAUCAGUGAUUAUGACAAGUCAUCUGGGCUUUAUCAGGCCCAUUGUGAUUUCCUAGAGCCAAAGUUUUCAACUUUUCAUGAACGAAUAGUUGAUAUUGGAUUCCUUGGACAAUGGUGGAUUCUGCAAGGGACCAUGAAAGACUACGAUGUUAAUCCUUCAGAAUUUAAAAGCAUACAGAAUGCAUAACAGUAAAUAGUUUUGGUUUAGUAUAAAUUAGAAGACAAUAUUAUAAUAUAUAUUCUUGUUGUUAUAAAUCUGUUGUGCAUUAAAGACAUUUCACAGUA